AUGAUUAUCAUCACCAAAACAAAAAUCACUUAUGAUUUGAUUUUCCAUUUGAAUGAAAUUAAUCCUAUCAGAAUCAUUCCAUUGAAAAAAUCAAGAAGAGGUCAAUCUAUUGCUACUUUGGCUGAAUUUGAUGGUAUUGAUGAUACUGGUUCUACUCUUAAAAUCACUUUAUGGGAUGAAGCUGCAACUGGACUUUCAACUGUUUGUAAAAGUGUUUGUAAAAGUGGUAAUAUUAUCUUUUUAUCUUGGAAUACUACUGAUAGUACAAUAGAACAGAUUUGUUAUAGGUUGAAACCUAUUGAACCAACAGAUCUCUCUUUUUGUUAUGAUCUUAGAUUAGAUUUUGAUCCUACUACACGUUGUGUUGAUGAAUUAGUCAAAUGGGCGCGUAAUUUAUUUGAAUAUCAUCAAUUUUGA